AUGUUGAGGUUAGCUGUCCGGACCCAUGUAGCGAGAUUGCACUCGUCUGCCUUGGCUAUGCAAUCCUCGUGUAAAGCUGGAACGGUUUUGAAUUUAAAAGUGAAAAAAAGUGGUGAUGAACCAGUAGCUCUUGAAGAUAGCGAAUACCCUGAUUGGUUAUGGGACUGCUUGAAUAAGGAAAAGAUGAAUGAGACGUUGAAGCAGGAAGAUUUCAUGAAGUGGAGGAGAAAGCAAAUCAACAAGAGUAACACCGCCAAGAUAAAAAACAACAAUUUCAUGUCAACCAUCAAUUAA